AGGAUUCUAAUUUCCAACUAACCAAGAGUAUAAUUUUUCCUCUUCACAAACGUUCUGCUAUUGUUUCGGAAUACCGGUAGCACAUCCAAUCGAUGACGAGCGCCUCUCUUGCCGGUUUUUUCCCUCGCCCUUCAAUCCCAGAACCCUGUUCUCCAUGCAUUUCUUCGAAUCAGAAUCGCAUAUUCUUCCCCUUCACCUCAAGAAAAAAUACGAGGAAUUCUAUCAGUACGCUUGGGAGUUCUUUUCGACAAGAGCCUGCCGUCGUGUCCUCUGAUAAUCUCCCUUUCCAUGGUUCUUUUGUCAAGCCUAUUCAGGAAGCAGGAGAAACUGAAGAUGUUGAUGAGCUUAUCCAUGGUGUCUCGAGUACUGAACCAGAGCCUAAAUCGCAGUUACCGACUAGGGUUAAAAAGAAGACACAAGAAGAUGAGGAUAGCCUCGAGGGUAGGUUUAAGCUGCGAAAUGGAAGGGAGGUUUUUGAAGAAAAAGCCUACCUUGUUGGUGUAGAGCGGAAAGGAGAUGUUGGCCAACUUUUUAGCAUAGAUGAAUCUCUGAAAGAACUGGCACAAUUAGCUGACACAGCUGGACUAAAGGUCGUUGGUUCAACAUAUCAAAAACUAGCUUCUCCAAAUCCAAGGACUUACAUAGGAUCUGGCAAAGUUGCAGAAAUCAAGAGUGCAAUUCAUGCAUUAGGUAUAGAGACUGUGAUAUUUGAUGAUGAGCUUUCAGCUGGGCAACUGAGAAACUUGGAAAAAUCAUUUGGCGGAGAUGUAAGAGUUUGUGAUCGUACUGCCCUAAUCCUGGAUAUCUUCAAUCAGAGAGCAGCAACACAUGAGGCAUCUUUACAGGUGGCAUUAGCGCAAAUGGAGUACCAGUUACCUCGACUUACAAAGAUGUGGACUCACCUUGAGCGUCAGGCAGGAGGACAGGUGAAAGGUAUGGGUGAGAAACAAAUUGAAGUGGAUAAGCGUAUCUUACGAACACAAAUUGGUGUUCUCCGUAAGGAAUUAGAGUCUGUCAGGGUGCAUCGAAAACAGUACAGAAGCCGACGCUUUUCAGUACCUGUCCCAGUAGUUUCUUUGGUUGGAUAUACAAAUGCUGGAAAGAGUACGCUCUUGAAUCAGUUGACUGGAGCUGAAGUCCUUGCAGAGGAUCGGUUGUUUGCAACCCUUGAUCCAACUACGAGGAGGGUUCAGAUGAAGAAUGGGAACGAGUUUCUACUUACUGAUACUGUUGGUUUCAUCCAAAAGUUACCAACUAUGCUGGUUGCUGCAUUCAGAGCAACAUUAGAGGAGAUAUCAGAAUCAUCAUUGCUGGUUCACGUGGUGGACAUCAGCCAUCCGUUGGCUGAGCAACAGAUAGAGGCUGUGGAUAAAGUUCUUUCAGAAUUGGAUGUGUCAUUGAUUCCGAAGUUGAUGGUUUGGAACAAGGUUGACAAGGUUAGUGAUCCUCAACAUAUUAGACUGGAAGCAGAUAAAAGAGAUGUUGUUUGUGUAUCUGCACUGAGUGGUGAUGGUUUGGACGAAUUCUGUGAUGCAGUUCAGGGAAAACUGAAGGACUCAAUGGUUUGGGUAGAAGCCUUGAUCCCAUUUGAUCGAGGCGAGCUCCUGUGCACUGUGCAUCAGGUUGGAGUGGUAGAGAAAACUGAAUAUACAGAAAACGGAACACUGGUCCAGGCAUACGUUCCCCUCAGGUUUUCAAGGCUGCUUACACCAAUGAGGCAACUAUGUUUUACAAAAUCAGCUCAAAUUUCCCAAAUUCAUCCAACUCACCCGACUGAAGCUGCAAGGUCAACGUCUAGAAACGAAGAAGAAACUAAUUGGGUUUGCUAAAGUUCCCUCUCCCUUAGAUUCCUCUCUUUCACUUGAAAUUAUUCAAAGGCCAAAGUCUUUCUUACCUAAAUAAAUCAAAAUUGAUACAAACUAGAAUUUAGUUCUUAUGGUUCAUAAUUAGAAUUUAGUCCAUAUGGUUGGAGACUAUUUAUAAGAAUUUUAUCAAAUGAUGGAAACUAUUUAUGAGGUUUCAGCAAACUAUGAGGACUAAAUUCUAACUUUCUCCAUCCAUAGGGACCAAAUUUGUAAUUUGACCUUGUUCAAAAACACCACCAAAAUGUCAAUGUCUAACGAAUAUAUGGACAUUUAAAAAAA